AUGAGUGUUCUUUAUCGUCGUGGAAUCACUUCGUUUGGUUGCAGGCGGCAUUUUAGCGGGUCUGGAACCGUGCUUUCACACAUUGGAUCUCUACCUGUAUAUACCACACGAGAUACCAAAUGCGAAAUUUCUGAGUUGAAACCGGCCCAUGUUAUCAGAAAAGGGAACAAAUCGCUGACGCUCUCGCAAAUCGUCUCUGUGACGGGCCCCAGGGGCACCCUUUCAAUGCAAGUCCCAGAAUUCGUAACAAUUAAUGAAGACUUCGAAAACGGCAAGAUCUCGGUCUCGGUGCAAAACGAGAGCGACAAAAUGCAGAAAGCGCUAUGGGGCACUGUCAGAAGUCAUCUGAAUAACCAUGUGGUUGGUGUCAACGAGGGCCACAUGGCUGUUUUGAAAUUCGUGGGAACAGGUUACCGUGCGCAGCUUCAGCAAGAAGGCAAAUUUGUCAGUCUGAAGGUCGGGGCCUCCAUCUUACAGGGUCUUCCGGUGCCCGAAGGCAUCAAAGUUACGUCCCCAACCCCCACGUCUUUGAUCAUCGAAGGCUGCAACAAGCAACAAGUCUACUUAUUCGCCGCAAACUUGCGGAAAUUCCAUCCUCCUGAGCCUUACAAGGGUAAGGGAAUCUACAUCAACGACGAGAAAAUAACUUUGAAGGACAAAAAGAUCAAAUAG